UGAACAGCGAAGAGGCUUUGCUCUCACAAACUGUAAGGAGGAGCUCAAAGAGGCACUGGCGUCAAGGAGGUCUGCUGAAUUUGUUCUAACAGACAUGGACAUUGAGGAAAAGUACUGUUCAGAUGGGGCUUAUUUUGUGCAGAGGAAGGUUCUAGAUGAGUUAUGCCUGGAUGAAGUGGCACAAAAAAGGACGUGGUCCACUGAACCAACCCUGAGGGAACGGGUGAAAGAGUCCCUGAGGUGUUCAGUGCCCAGGCUGAAGCGUGCAGCGUUGAGCUGGGUCCCUGUUCUCAGCUGGCUGCCUCAUUACUCCAUCAGAGAAAACGCAGUAGGGGACCUGAUCUCUGGCUGCAGCGUGGGCAUCAUGCAUCUACCACAGGGCAUGGCAUAUGCCCUUCUGGCUUCCUUACGCCCAGUGUUUGGCCUUUACACUUCCCUAUACCCUGUGCUGGUCUACUUCAUCUUCGGUACUUCCAGACACAUCUCAGUAGGUACAUUUGCUGUGAUCAGCAUCAUGAUUGGGAGUGUGACGGAGAGGCUGGCACCAGACAGCAACUUUAUUGUAAAUGGCACCAAUGAGACAGGAAGUGUGGACCUUGAUGCACGGGACGCACACAGAGUACAGAUAGCAUGUUCCCUCACGGUCUUGGCAGGAAUCUUUCAGAUCCUGUUAGGUGUGGUGAGGUUUGGUUUUGUGGUGACGUACCUGUCUGAGCCACUGGUCCGAGGCUACACCACAGGAUCAGCAUGCCAUGUGUGCGUCUCCCAGCUCAAGUACCUUUUUGGUGUCACGCCAGCUCGCUUCACUGGUCCGUUCUCUCUUAUUUAUACUCUGGUGGAUGUUUGUCGGCUGCUGCCAGAGACCAAAGUGCCGGAGCUGCUUGUUAGCCUGAUUGCGCUCUUUGUUCUUAUUGUGGUCAAAGAAAUCAAUGCCCGCUACAGACAGAAGCUGCCCAUGCCCAUCCCGAUAGAAAUCGUAGUGAUCAUAGCAGCAACAGUUAUCACCCACUUCUGCGGACUGACGAGUAAAUACAGCAUUAAUGUGGUUGGAAAGAUUCCCAGUGGACUCAAUGCCCCUCAAGCUCCAAAUGCCACAUUUUUCUCAGAUGUGAUAGGUGAUGCUUUUGCAGUGGCCAUCGUGAGCUAUGCCAUCAACAUUUCUCUGGGCAAAACCUUUGCCCUCAAACAUGGCUACAAAGUGGAUAGCAAUCAGGAGCUGGUUGCCUUGGGUCUUUGUAACACUGUUGGCAGUUUUUUUCAGUGUUACUCUGUUACUUCCUCCUUGUCUCGCAGCCUGGUCCAGGAGAGCACAGGGGGCAAGACACAAGUUGCUGGAGUGAUUUCGUCCAUCAUCGUGCUCAUCACAGUUUUGAAAAUAGGUUCUCUCUUUUCAGACCUCCCCAAGGCUGUAUUAUCCACAAUAGUGUUUGUUAAUUUGAAGGGAAUGUUUACGCAGUUCACGGACGUGUAUAUGCUGUGGAAGACCAACAAGGUUGAUCUGUUGGUGUGGAUGGUAACGUUCACAAGCACACUCCUGCUCAACCUGGACCUGGGUCUGGCUGUCUCCAUUGGCUUUUCCAUGCUCACUGUCAUCUUUAGGACACAACUACCCCGCUACUCUAUCUUGGGCCAUGUGACAGGCACUGCCCUGUAUCUGGAAACAGACACCUACAAGGAGGCUAAAGAGAUUCCUGGAAUUAAAAUCUUCCGUUCAUCUACAACUAUCUACUACGCAAAUGCUGAGAUGUACUCGGAGGCACUGCAAGAGAAGAGUGGACUUGAAAUUGGGAAGCUGCUGACAGCAAUGAAAAAACGAGAUGCAAAGCUGAAGCGUAAACAAGAAAAUGAGAAAAAGGAAGCUAAAAUGGAGGCGAAGAAACAAAGAAAAGCAGUCAGCCACCUGUCCAAUGGAGCAUUCUCAAAGGUGAAUGAGAGGAAAGUCUCUUCAGGAGUGAAGGGACAGAGCCAGGGGCAUGUUAUAGCCUUAAGCCUGACAGAAACCUCUAAAUAUGGCCAAAGUAAAGGCCAAGUGAACAGGGCUUACCAAGAUGACACAACCAUGUCGGACUCAGAUUCAGACACGGGUAGUCACAUUUCUGACAGCAUCACCAAAGUAUCGAAACCGGGUGGUGAGAACAAAGGAAAGGCCUGCGGAUUGAGUACGCACAGCAUCAUCUUGGACAUUGCCACAACCAGCUUUGUGGACACAGUCACUGUGAAGACCUUGAAAAAUAUAUUCAGGGACUUUGGAGAGAUUGAUGUGGACAUCUAUCUAGCAGGCUGCCAAGCAUGUGUCGUGGAGCAGCUGGAAACGGCAGGUUUCUUUUCAGAGUCCAUCCCAAAGAGCAGGCUUUUCGUCACGAUUCAUGAUGCAGUGCUUCAUAGUCUCAAGAAACAGACUGACCUCGUACUUGAUGUGUCCUGCAGCACUCAGAUGUAACCAGUAGGGGCCAGACUGUUCCAACUCUCACCAUCAUCCUCCUCCUCUAGACUGCUGGCUUUUCUAUUGCUCACUUCUGCUUGUCAUUGUCUCCUCCCCCUUCAGUAGUGGAGAAUGCACCACCUUGACAUGGCGGGUGGUUGCCAUGGUAAUACAGGGAACCGUUUCUGUGGCAACAGGCUUUUUAUGAUAUCUUCUAAUGAGAUAGCCAGCAAUACGUCAUUCUAGCUCUCACUCUGUGGUGUGUGUGUGUGUGAGAGAGACAGAGAAGGGGCGGGGGUUGAGUGGGAGAAUGUAACACUGGACUAAUAUGAGUCUAUAUUUAUAGCCUGUGUGACAGAGUAGAUAGAGUGUAAAAGGUUCAGGGGAAACUCAUAUGAGAGGUGUUGUUGUCAAUCUCCACAACGUCCUCCACAACAAAUCAGUAAAAUGUUUACAUUUCUCAUCGAUAUGGUCAGAGCAUUGACUCUGGGAGGGGUUCUCACCCAUUGCAGAUAAUAGUGUAAUAGGCAUAACAUUGAAAACGAGCAGCAGCUUUUAAACACAAUGUGAGUGUAUUUAUAGUCUGUAUUCACACGUCUGAUUCCUCUUAAGCUCCCUUCUAUUUUUGGGAUAGCCCACCGGAAGAUAUUUUCUCCCAGCUAUAAUCAACAUUAAAUGUCCAUUUAAAUGUGGAAUUAUAGAAACUGGAAAAAAUUACUUUUCUAAAAAACUCACAAGUGUUUAUCAUGUGGGAUGUCAGGGCUUCCCAUCACAAACAAAUUCUAAAAAUGCAGAAAACCCUGAAAUGUGUCAGGGAUCCUCAAAUACUGGUUACUUGGAUUAGUGACUGCAAUGUGAACAUUGUCAAGUGUUGUAAAUUACAGAACACACAUAUUUCCUUGAGAGUGCUUUAAAUCAAUUUUUUUCUAGCUGAUUGUUUAUACACCUAGUUGUCUGUGUAUAUUUGACUAGUUUUUAUACAGAUGGAACAUAUUUAAUAAUAUGAUUGAAACAGAAUUGUUUUUGUGCACAUCUAGAGGAGGCCUUAUGAAAUAAGUAUGAAUGAGCCAGUGUAAAUAAAGAGUCUUAACAACACAUUG